UUCAUUUAGGAAAUUAGCUCUGGUCAUGAAUAUCGAAUAUCAGCACCGUUUAAGCGUCGUUUAUUCGACAUUCUUUAUCAACGGCCGAACAAAAUUUAUAAAUAAUACCGAACGGUUUUGUGUUGUGCACAUUUCUUAGAAAAAGUCACGAUGAUUCGCGCGUAUGUCGUGUUGUGUGUGACGUUGUCUUUAGCCUCGAACAUUUGCUAUGCCGACAAAGGAGGUCCUGUUCCUGUAGAUCCAACGAGCCCAGAAGCUGCGAAUAUCCGGCAUAUAACUAAGAAAUUAUCGAAGGCUGCUAAUCCAGAUACAGUCGUUGUACGUCCAAAAAGUGAAGAAGCCGCCGAGGCAGCCGAAAUUCAGCAUAAAGAAACGGCUGAGAUUCCUGCUAUACCAGAGAUAAAUUUCAAUGAAGUUCCGUUGCCUCUCCGUAUAGCUUCGGGAACGGUUUACAAUUUUAUCAGGCGUUUACCGGACAGUCCUAUCUCACACACCAUGGGAUUUCCUGACACGGCCUUGAAGCCCGAAGACUUGAUCGUGGACCUGACCGGUCUCCCCAACAGCCCUAAGGAUGUUCCCGAGGAGCUGCUACCGCCGCUAGCCGAGAAAAAGGGCAUCGAAAAAGCGAAGGCGAUCGCGGAGAGCAAAUGGAAGGAACUGUUGGCUGUGGAGAGCGUAGCUCAGAAUGAGACCGGACAGAAGAACUUCUUAUACCCGAGAGAGUUCAUCGCUUGGAUGGAGCAGACCAUGCAGGAUUUUAGAAGGCUUUCAGCUAUCAACCUUGGAGUGCUUCGUUUGUUGAGAAAAGCUCUUAAAGGGCUCGUGGGAAUAUCUGGAACUUUGACAGCAGUUACAGGGCUGGCAGAGUUUGAAAAAGCAGUUCAAGCAGCUGUAGAUGUGUUGGGAUUCCCCGUUGCGUAAAACGACGACGAAAACGCCGGAAUUUGUCCAGGAGAAGCGGUAGAUAAGGAUAAAGGAUAACAUGAACAUAAGUUAAGAACAUAGGUCGCAACUGUUUGUAUUUAUUGAACAUGUGAGAUGAUUAAAGUAUAUUUUAGAGAUUUGUGUUAUUUAGAUUAUAACACAUGUACGA